AUGUCCCAAAGUGGUUUAGUUGGAGACACAGUCACUUACACCACUCUUAUCCAAGGUUUUUUCCAAGCUGGGGACUGUGACAAUGCUCAAGAAAUUUUCAAACAGAUGGUUUCUGGUGGUCUGCCUCCCGAUAUUUGGACCUACAGCAUUUUGUUAGAUGGACUCUGUAAAAACGGGAAGCUAGAUAAAGCAUUGGUCAUGUUUGAGGAUCUUCAACGGAGUGCAACAGAACUCAAUAUCGUCACACAUAAUAUUGUCAUUGAAGGGAUGUGUAAAGCUGGCAACGUGGAGGCUGGAUGGGAUUUCUUUUGUAGCCUCAGCCUCAAAGGAGUGAAGCCUGACGUUGUAACCUACAAUACAAUGAUCUCAGGCUUGUGUAGUAAUAGAUUAAAGCAAGAAGCUGUUGCCUUGUUUAGUAAAAUGAAAGAAGACGGAUCUCUCCCAAAUGAUCGUACGUAUAAUGCGCUAAUCAGGGCACAUCUGAGGGAUGGUGACAAAGCCGCAUCAGCAGAACUGAUAAGAGUAAUGUGGAGUUGCGGGUUUGCAGGAGAUGCUUCAACCUUUGGCUUAGUCACUAUUAUGUUGCAUGAUGGGAGAUUGGACAAAAGUUUUCUCGACAUGCUUUCUGAAACAUUUUACAACUAG